UACAUAUCCUCGGACCGGCUCUUUUAGGCGCCAAGUUGAAAAUGUCGGCUGGUGAUUCUGGUGCUGGCGAUAGACACGGUGUUUUUGAAUAUACCGAUUAUUUCUCUCUGGAUGAAAUACUAACAACAAAUGAGCGUAUUCCGUGCAAGAUUGAGCUGUCUAUUCCGAAUUUUGGCUCUUUGGACCCCUCGUCGGAAUCCCCGGACCUAAAACCGGGUACCAAGCUGGACCUUCCACUCUGGCUUGCUCGUCAGCUGUUGAAUAGACACGUUAUAGCCGUCGAAGUACCCAAGGUAUAUCGGGAAACAUACCGAGAAAUUUUAAGCGCUGAUGCUGCUGCAGUUGACCUGUACCGACUUCAGCCACAUUUCUACAACUUUGGCUUGCACAUCCAAAAUCUCCCAGUUCUGGACGCAGAUGACAUCAGCCAAGCUUUAAUUCAGGCAUUUAAGAGCCGGCUUCGCAAAAUCAUGGACCGUUCACAGAACGGAGUUCAAGAGGAUGCAACUGGAGUCUUGACAGCCCAGUUGGACAACACGGAACGCUCCCUCUUCGCAAUAAGCCAGAAAGCUGCGCUAGACUUCAAGCGAUGGCAGGGACGUCAAUCUCACAAGAUCAGCACCGUUCCUAUGGUUGUCAAUCAUCGCAAACGGAAACGGGCGGCCUUAGAUACCUCUUCCUGACCAACGUGGGGAAAUGAUAACGUGAUAGUGAUGAACAAAGUGUAUGUAUCGGUACAAAUGUACGAUAAAACAGUGAAAGUCUGA